AUGCAGCACAUAAUCUUACAAAUUGACACUUACAAAAUAGUUACAUUGUCAUGCAGCACAAUACACCACACCACGGCACACGUGCUGCUAAAAGCCGGUACGACAAACCGUGACGCGGAAACGCCGAAAGCUUACGGCAAAGCGACCGACGGCGAGGCGGCCGACGGCGAGGCGGCCGACGGCGAGAUGGCCGACGGCGAGGCGGCCGACGGCGAGGCGGCCGACGGCCAGGCGGCCGACGGCGAGGCGGCCGACGGCGAGGCGGCCGACGGCGAGGCGGCCGACGGCGAGGCGGCCGACGGCGAGGCGGCCGACGGCGAGGCGGCCGACGGCCAGGCGGCCGACGGCCAGGCGGCCGACGGCGAGGCGGUCGACGGCGAGGCGGUCGACGGCGAGGCGGCCGACGGCGAGGCGGCCGACGGCAAAGUGGCCGACGGCGAGGCGGCCGACGGCGAGGCGGCCGACGGCGAGGCGGCCGACGGCGAGGCGGCCGACGGCGAGGCGGCCGACGGCGAGGCGGCCGACGGCGAGGCGGCCGACGGCGAGGCGGCCGACGGCAAAGCGGCCGACAGCGAGGCUGCUGACGGCGAGGCGGCCGACGGCGAGGCGGCCGACGGCGAGACGGCCGACGGUGAGGCGGCCGACGGCAAAGCGGCCGACGAAUCCAAGAACCUGCCCAGCACACCCACCUGGCGAUUGUGA